CUCCCUUUCUCAGCCACUCACACACCUGGACCAUGGACCCUGGGGAAUGCACGUGUAUGUCCGGAGGGAUCUGCAUCUGCGGAGACAAUUGCAAAUGUACAACCUGCAGCUGUAAAACCUGCCGUAAAAGUUGCUGUCCCUGCUGCCCCCCAGGCUGUGCCAAGUGUGCCCGGGGCUGCAUCUGCAAAGGGGGCUCAGACAAGUGCAGCUGCUGCCCCUGAAACCCACCCAUGGCACAGGGAGAGACCCUGGAAAUGACUGCCUGGUGCCUGAGUCAAAGGAUUGAAUUUGUAUAAUAAGUUGUGCCUUUUAUAUAUAUAUAAGCCCAAAUGUGGUGCCGGUGAUGUUCGUGUAAAGUUCUUGGAGUAAUAAAGCUUUCAUGGC